AUGGCAACACCUUGGUUCACCAUCUACGGAAUUCCCGUCCUUCCACCUUAUCAAGAGACGCCGUUGCUCUAUAACUUCCAGGACAAGGCUCUGGAGCAGGUUGUGUACUCAUUGUCGCAGGUACAGUGGUUGGGUGUCAACGAAGCCUCCGGAUCAGAGAGGAAAGACAAUGAGGUGCUGAGAUGGCUGGGAGCCAGCGUGUUAAAAGGGUUGACGGGAAUGUUAGUUAUGAGCUUAUUUCCUGAUCUGGGUGCCGGUGGUUUAGAGGACAUGACUGCAGCCCUAACAACAACAUCGUUUUACGCACACCUAUCCAGAGUUCUCAGCCUCCAUAGUCGUCUCACAGCUUUAAAUUACACCUCCGAUUCCGACGGGAUCCUUGGUAAACUCUUCACAGCCUAUAUCGGCGGAAUCCAUCGUGAGCUCGGGACCCAGCGGUAUCACGACCUCUACAUCUGGUACUCACAGGUCGUUGCCCCAUAUGCGGAGAAAUACCAUACCCUAUACCAGGAGCACAUCUCCUCGACCGGUUCCACGAUGAAAAAGCCCACAUUCACUGUCAAUACCCCAGGCCUUCUUGGCACGGCCACGCCAGCAGUAUCCACUGACCCGCCAAAGCCUUCGUCCAUUGAGGCAAAGCUGAGACGUCAGAAUAUCAGCAUUUACACUUCGCGGUUGAUGGAAUUUGCGGCGAAGAGCAGGUUGUCGCAGCCGAGUUUUAUGUUCAAGGAUAAUGGAUACCAAGGAAUGAUGAUCCAGUGGACUGUAACUGUGAGCUUGGAUGGGAAAGAUAUUGCCACUGCCGUAGCGACAACAAAGCUGGAGGCGAAACACCUGGCAAGCAGGGAGGCACUGAUUAUCUUGAGAGCGCCGAUCGGGCCGCUUCCGAGGAAGGAGAAGAAGGCGCAGGCGAGGAGAGUUAACGCUAUGGUAGUGGGAUAG